AGGAGGAAGUGACGCCCCGGUUGCCGCGGCGAUCACGCUCCCGGAGCUGGAAGCGCGGCGCGGGCGGCGCGGCGAUGCUGGCGCGCCGGGCCCCGCUGGGCGCCGCGGGCUGCGGCCGCCUCCUGGCAGCGGGGCUGCGGCCGCUGCUCUGCGCGCUGUCGCCGUGCUGGGUGACGGCGGGGCGGCACUACCCGUCCCUGCGGGUAGCGGAGCCGGCGAAGGAGAAGCGGCUGGUGCGUAAGGAGCAGCGGAGCAGCCUCGUGGUCCGCCGCUUCAUCGCCUGCCCGCAGCUGGCGCGCACCGUGCGGCGCUGCCUGCAGGGCGGAGCCGGCCCCGGCCCCGGCCGCCAGCCCCUGCUGCUCGAGUUCGCGCCCGGUCCUGGGAUUUUAACUCGAUCUCUGCUUGAUGCAGGUUUUAGAGUGGUAGCUCUGGAAAGUAACUCAGAUUUUCUUAAAGACUUACAGUCCCUAGAGGAUAGCCUGGAUGGGCAGUUAAAGGUGAUUCAUGGUGACUUCUUCAGAAUGGAUCCUUUGGCGAAGGGGGCUUUGAAACCACCUGCUGUGUCAUCCGACAAACUUUUUGAAACCCUGGGUGUAGCAGCAGUUCCUUGGAGGGCAGAUGUGCCUUUGAAAAUUUUUGGAAUCGUACCACAACAGUUGGAAAGAAACAGGCUUUGGAGACUUCUUUUCACCAUGUAUGAAUGCAGUUCCAUAUACAGAUACGGAAGAGUAGAACUCAACCUCUUCAUAAGUGAAAAAGAGUACACGAUAUUAACAGCAAAGCCUGGGAAGUCGAAGAUUUAUCAAGCACUUACUGUACUUGCACAAUUAGGGUAUGAAAUUGAACUACUGCAUAAGGAACCUUGGUCUUCAUUUGCAACUACUUUGAAAAAUGGGGGAGUGGCAAUACCAAAAGCUGGGCGGCUGCCAAAUGACCAUUUCUGUUUGGUACGACUGACUCCUCAGCAAAACCUUUUUACAGGAGGCUUGAAACCCUCAAAUGCAUCUACCUUUAUUUUCAUGGUGAAACAGUCUUUUGCUAAACCUAAGUCUAAACUAACGGAUAGAUUAAUUUCCUGGAGCUUGGACAACAGUGACACAUUACUGAAAGCACUAGAAAUUCCCAAAAAUGCUGCAAUGUGUAACUUGUAUCCAGAAGACUAUAAGCGUCUUUUCGAGGCUUUGCAAAACUCCGAUUUGUUUGCUGAGAGCUUCUUCCAUGAUGAAGUCUUGGCAAGUACAAGGACCAUGAACUUAUAAAUCUAAAGCUUUUGGAAGAUCACCUUUGCUUCUGGAAGAUUACUUUGAUAAAAAGUGAUUUAAAUAAAAUCAGAGAUACUGUUAGCUAGAUGAUUUCCUGUCCAAACAGGAAACAUUUAGCAAGCAACAAGAGCCUUUCUACUUAGGAUGAAAGUAAUGAAUUCACAGUUAUCUUUCACAAUCCUAUCUGGAAUGGACAAGCUUUGCACACAAUUGUAUCUGCAACGGACAAGCUUUGCAACUUCUGCAGGAGCUUAUUAGCUCUUGCUACUUUUGGAUGUACCACUUAAAUGCAACUUUUUGUUACACUGUUGCUGUGUAUUUACAACAUCUGAAAAAAGUUGUCAGACCAAAUUAUUAUUUGUUUGGUUUUUAUUUUGCUUAAUUAUUUGAAUGCCCUUUUGACAGAUUCACAAAAUACAAAGGUCUUUGCAACCACUGAGUCUGCAACAUUGUCUGCUUUUCUGAAUUUGCAGCCUAAAGUCAAUAAAUGCUAAUAAAUUAAUAGUGGUAUAGUGGUUAAUAGAAGACAAGGUAAUGACAGGGUGAUAAAAUAUUAAAUGAGAGUUGCUUAAAAUAAAGAUUGUGAUAUCCCUGAGGAAAAAUUGUAGCAGUUAUUUCUUUUGAAAAUAACAGGGGCAACAUGUACUAGUUUGUAAUGCAAUACACAAACAUCUACACAUGUAUAGGGAUUAUUUUAGGUCUGAAAGUCAUCAGAAUAUUCAGUGCUGUAUGAAUGAUUUUUAAAAAAUCAUCGUAUUUGAAACCUUUGCCAAUAUCUUUAAUGCGUAAUAGAUGUACCAAAAAAUUACUCAAAACCAUAUGCUAUUAAAAUUCUGUUUUUAGCCAUAGUACUCCAUAUGGCAACCCGUUCCUCAUUUCUCUUUCUGUCUGACCAUGUAACUGUUCCGUUGUUCAACAAUGCUGAGAGGUUGUACUGUUUCUGUGUUGUAUAUUGUACCCUCUGGAAAGAGCUGUGGCAAAAAAUACACUUCUUUAGCAAAGCACUAGUUUAUAAAAUGCCAUUUUGAUGAAGGCUGAGCUAUUUCCAGGCUGUGGAUAACAUUAGUGCCCCAAACAAUGAAAACAGAAUUGUAUGUAUUAAGAUUAGUGUGAGGUGUAGAUGUGAUAAGCAUUCAUCUCUGUCUUCCUCCUGCAGUUCUGGCUGCAGAUGACAAAGUGACUUUGAGCAGCCUCAGUUCACUCUGCUAGCUAGGCUGCAGUUUCCUCUUGAAGCUGCUGAGCUUUUGUAAUACUACAAUGAAACUCCUGGAAAGGCUGAGGCUUAAUUUGCAGUCUGCCUCAGAGGCUUGCUGGUGUUCUGGUGUGUGAAGAUUUGAAGCUUCCUUUCUGCUUACGUCUAUCUCUGUUUCAGAGACAGUCAUUGUUAACUGUCAGUGAAUGGUAACCUUGCAUUGACAGAAGCAAUUCCACCUUUUCCAGUCUCAUUAGAUGGUAACUGUCUUAUUUGCUGGUCUAUAAGACUGCUCUGUCUCUUGGCCUGGUUCCCCACCCCACCUUGAAUCAAAACACCUUGCUCUUGUUGCAGCAAGAUGUCUUACACCUCCAACAUACCAGAAGUAUUCUUUACAUGAAAUGUAAGACCACAACUGCCUAAAUAAAUUUCUUUAACUGUGUGCUGAUAACAUUUCAAACACAAACUGA